UCUCUAUUAAGAAAGAAAGAAAGAGAGAUAUAGAAACCCUAACAUCGUGCCCUUGAAGCUAAGAUAUCUUCAGUUUUGUAGAAAUUCAUUGUGCUUGCUUAUUUGCCUUCUCUCUUUCAUUGUCUUCUACCUCUUGCCUCUAACAGAAGCAAUACUUUCCGGCCUCCAAGGGAAAAGGACUAAAAGGAAGUAUUUGAUUUGCUUAGAGAAGAGAACCAGAUAAUGGAGAUAGGCUCGUCGUCCACGGUGGCCGGAGGAGGACAGCUCUCGGUGCCUCCAGGUUUUCGGUUUCAUCCAACAGAGGAGGAGCUUCUAUAUUAUUACCUCAAGAAGAAGGUUUCUUAUGAACCAAUUGAUUUAGAUGUGAUUAGAGAAGUUGAUCUCAACAAGCUUGAACCUUGGGAACUUAAAGAGAAAUGCAGGAUCGGGUCGGGUCCUCAAAACGAGUGGUACUUCUUUAGCCACAAGGACAAGAAGUAUCCGACUGGGACCCGAACAAACCGGGCCACUGCAGCCGGGUUCUGGAAGGCUACUGGUAGAGACAAAUCCAUACAUCUAAACAGCUCCAAGAAGAUUGGACUUCGUAAGACUCUUGUCUUCUACACUGGUCGUGCUCCUCAUGGCCACAAAACUGAAUGGAUCAUGCAUGAAUAUCGCCUAGAUGAUACCGAAAACGAAAUACAGGAAGAUGGAUGGGUUGUAUGCAGAGUGUUCAAGAAGAAGAAUCAUUUCAGAGGAUUUCACCAAGAACCAGAUCAAGAUCAUCAUCACGAUCACCAAUACAUAAGCACCAACAAUGAUGAUCAUCAGCAGCAGCAUCACAAUGAGUCCAAUCCAAACAAUCAUUCUUCUUUGAUCUCACAUUCUCUGGAUCAUCAUCAGAAUCAUCAUCACAUGGGAAGACAGAUCCACAUGCCAUUACAUGAGUUUGCAAACACUUUAAGUCAUGGGUCUAUGCAUCUCCCUCAGCUCUUUAGCCCUGACUCGGCCCAACCGUUUGUGUCGUCAAUCAACACAACAGACAUUGAAUGCUCACAGAAUCUACUGAGGCUGACUUCUAACAACAACUAUGGUGGAGACUGGUCGUUUCUUGACAAGCUUCUGACUACAACCAACAUGAAUCACCAACACCAACAGCAACAGCAAGUGCAGAACCAUCAAGCAAAAUGUUUUGGUGAUUCGAGUAACAACGACCAGGCUGUUACUCAUGACAAUGGUGGUUCUUCUUCAUCUCCAAAUAAUCAAAGGUUCCCGUUUCACUAUCUGGGAAACAAUGCUAAUCUUCUCAAGUUCCCAAAGUAAACUAAUCAAGUUUGAUCAGUCUCAUGUUUUCAAUUUUACUCUCUUCUUUAAGCUGUGGAAGUUGUCACAGAAACAAAGUACCUGCUGUUCUUGAAAUAAGUUUUUGUUCUUUCUAUAAUUAUGUCUUUCAUUAUUGAUCUCCUGUUCUGUCUCUCCGAGGAUUA